GCAAGUUAAACACUCUCGAACUACAUUUCCCAUCAUACACCGGGGCCGUCGCGCAGGCGCAGAAGGGUUUAUUUAGUAUACAGACAAACCGGAAGCUCCACUCUGAAACUGACCGAACGGGAGAGUUUCUUGGUGUGAUGGAGAGGUGAUGUACCAGCCAGAGGAGUGAGAAGGCCAGAGCAGCCAUGACUGAGUGCUUCCUGCCCCCCAGCAGCAGCCCUGCAGAGCAGCGCCGGGCUGAGCACCCAGGGGGCGUGGCCCGGACCCCCAGCUCUGAGGAGAUCAGUCCCACCAAGUUCCCCGGCUUGUACCGCACCGGCGAACCGUCGCCGCCUCACGAUGGCCAUCACCACGAGGCACCUGACGCCUACGUCUCAGAUGAUGACAAAGAGCACAGCAAGAAGAAGAACAAGUUCAAGAAGAAGGAGAAAAGGACGGAAGGCUACGCCGCCUUCCAGGAGGACAGUUCAGCAGACGAAGCAGAGAGCCCAUCCAAGAUGAAGCGCUCCAAGGGAAUCCACGUGUUCAAGAAGCCCAGCUUCUCCAAGAAGAAGGAAAAGGACUUCAAGGUGAAGGAGAAGGAGAAGGAGAAGGAGAAGGGCCCCAAAGAGGACAAGGCCAAGGAUAAGAAAUCGAAGGACCUGACGGCCGCAGACGUGGUCAAACAGUGGAAGGAGAAGAAGAAGAAGAAGAAACCGACAACGGAGGCAGAGCCAGUCCCAGUCCCAGAGAUCCCCACCUUCAGGCCUAUCUUUGGAGCACCUCUGAAUGAAGCUGUCAAGAGGACAGCUCUGUACGAUGGUAUCCAGCUGCCAGCCGUCUUCAGAGAAUGUGUGGACUACAUUGAAAGUUAUGGCAUGAAGUGUGAAGGCAUCUACCGGGUCUCAGGUAUGAAGUCCAAGGUGGAUGAAUUGAAAGCAGCAUAUGACCGCGAGGAGUGCCCCUGCCUGGAGGAGUACGACCCCCACACUGUUGCCAGCCUACUGAAGCAGUACCUCCGCGAGCUGCCAGAGAACCUGCUGGGCCGAGAUCUGACCCAGCGCUUUGAGGACGCCUGCGGUCGGCAGGUGGAGGCCGAGAAGAUGACGGAGUUCCAGAGGCUGCUGACCGAGGUGACGCCGGAAUGCCGGCUUCUUCUCUCCUGGGUCGUCACGCACAUGGACCACGUCAUCGCCAGGGAGGCGGACACCAAGAUGAAUAUUCAGAACAUCUCCAUCGUCCUCAACCCGACCAUACAGAUUGGGAACCGCGUUCUUUACAUGUUCUUCACACACGUGCGGGAGCUGUUUGGAGACGUAGUCCUGAAGCCGGUGGUGCGGCCACUCCGCUGGUCCAACAUGGCGACCAUGCCAGCGCUGCCUGAGACCCAGGAGAGCGUCAAAGAGGAGAUCCGACGACAGGAGUUCCUGCUGAACUGCCUGCACAGGGACCUGCAGGCGGGGGUAAAGGACUUAUCUAAAGAGGAGCGUCUCUGGGAGGUUCAGAGAAUCCUGACUGCUCUAAAACGCAAACUGAGGGAGGCCAAACGUCAGGAGUGCGAGAGCAAGAUAGCCCAGGAGAUAGCAAGCCUCUCCAAGGAAGAUGUUUCAAAAGAGGAAAUGACCGAGAAUGAAGAGGAAGUCAUCAACCUCCUAUUAGCACAAGAAAACGAAAUCCUAACAGAGCAGGAGGAGCUGAUCUCUCUUGAGCAGGUGCUCCGUAGACAGAUUGCCACCGAGAAGGAAGAAAUCGAGAGACUGCGAGCUGAGAUCGCCGACAUUCAGAGUCGGCAGCAGGGUCGCAGUGAGACAGAGGAGUAUUCGUCAGACAGUGAAAGCGAGAGCGAAGAUGAAGAAGAGCUGCAGAUGAUUCUGGAAGACCUGCAGAAGCAAAACGAGGAACUGGAGAACAAAAACACCCACCUGAACCAGGCCAUCCACGAGGAGCAGGAAGCCAUCUUGGAGCUCCGCGUCCAGCUUCGCCUCAUGCAGAGCCACAAACUGCAGCAGGAACUGACCGUCCAGCCGCCGGCCGAGCAGGCCCCGCCCGCGCAGCCGAGCCCGGAGCCCCGCACCGAGGAGCAAACCAAACGCUCCGUUGCCGCAGUGGCCGCCGGUGCAGACGCCGCUGCCUCGGCCAACGGCAAGGCAGCUAAGGAUCCUUCGAAGCCCUCGCCAAACAAAGACAGGAGGGACACCAACAUGUGAGAUGUCAUCAUCUCAGUGAUGUGUCUGAUGGCUCUGUGCUGCUGUACUUCUCUACCGCUGGUCAGUUGUCCUGUAGUGUCACUUGUUAUCCACUGGAGAUUUCACUUUGCUGGAUCCAUGGGUUCAUUAGUAGUUGUGUCCACCAAGUGGCAGCCAUGGAAAAAUCUGUUAUACUGUCUCUGGCGUCCUGACUCUCAAACACCUUGUUUCCCAUUUUUACAUGCAAAACACAAAAAGCUAGAAAUAGAGUAGCUGCUGUAGCGGACAACUGGCUACUACUGUGAGAGACUAGGUGGACCAUAUUAUCAAAAUCCACAGUGCCAAGCCUGUAUGAAGGAAGAAAGGGGGGAAAGGAACAAUGAAGGGAUUCAUAAAGCAAGUAGGGGAUGGAAGAAAAAAGUAAAAGUCAGGCGCCUUGCCAGUUCAUGACAUAAAGUUUAUUUUUUUUUUGCUGGUAAGGUCUCAAGAAAUGAACAUAGACCAGAUAUUAUCUCACCAUGUCCCUCACCUAGAUGCAAAUUGGACAUGUUAGGAUAGAGACCACUGUGUGCCAUAACCGAAGAUGCCAGACUGGACACGUUUCCCCAGAGAACCACUAAUACAAAAAGCUCUUUGAAUGAUGAAGAAUUUAUGAUUGGUCUAUCUAUAUAUUAUAUAUUUAAGUAGUAUUCUGAAGAAUACGGAUGACUAUUCAAGAAAAACGUUGAUUUUUAAGUUACAGCUUUUUAGUAAUAUAUGAAUAUAUGUAUAAAUAUAUUGUAGGUGCUUUCUUUUCUUUGAACGGCAGAUGCACAUAAACACAGUGGCGUUGUACCUCGCAACUGACCAGUGGAUGAAAACAUGAAUGGCAAAAACAAAUACGCAACAAAAAUAUUUAUUCAUCACUGGAAAAAAAACGUAGACAAACAGCUGGAGGCCGCGUCGUUACAGUCACAUUUUGUUCUGUAGUGCAAUCAUCUUCUCUGUUCUCGCUGCCUCUCUUGCACAAACAAGGAAACGUUGACAUUUCUCCAGUUUUAUGACGGAAUAACAAAUCUGUAAUGAUGAUUAUUGUCGCCAAAAUAUGUGUGCAGAGACACGCAGGAGGCUCAUUUAGUUCUGUUGUGUAUUUGAUCGUUUCAACUCUUGAUGUUUGGAGUUAUUGUUCAUGGCGUCAGUUGGAAGUGAGUUAAAAUAAAAAACCUCAAGAUUACAAGUCAAUCAUUUCAUUUCUCAACUGAUCCAUGACUUUUGCAAAGUACUGUCAUACGUUCAGUGAUAUUUAAAGCAGAGGCAUGGCCUGACUUACUCACCGUUUGUGUAUAUCGUUGUAAAAUUGCAAACAUACUGUAUUUUCAGCUCUUAUGUUUUGUCAUAUGUUCUUUUUUUUAUUAUUAAUGACCUGUAUGGAGUAUGCUAGUGUGACUGGCCCAGGUUUGGUCGUGGGCAAAUCAAAGCAAUCUCACCUGGACUCAUGAUUCAACGUGUUAUUAAUCCUGUGACUGAAACAGAUAAAUGCUAGAUUGGGCUCAGAAGCUUCUCAUGAGGUUAUUUUCAUAUUGCUCCAAGCUUUUUGUAGCUUAUUGUUGCAGACAGAAUAAUGCUGUGAAGAAUAAAAGUGUCGAUCGGAAUAAUUUA